AAGAAGACGUGCUCAAUUACCGGCUCAGCUUUCCUACCAGACGACAAAUUAGUUGUCGCAGACGCCACAAACAAGAAAAUAAAAUUAUUCAGUGCGGACUUGAAAUCGAUCGCACACUUAGAGACGCAGACCGCUCCGCGUGACGUCACGACCAUGUCCAACACAGAGAUCGCUUGUACGUUGCCUAAUGACAGGACUGUUCAGGUGAUUCAUGUCGGCAAAACGAUGACAGUGAGCAAGUCAUUCAAGCUUGACGUCGAGUGCUACGGCAUAUGUUACCAUGACAACGCGUUUUACAUCACAAGCGGCUGGAGCACUGACAAGGAGGUCCAGAUCAUGGACACCGAGGGGGUAGUUCAACAAAAAUUGCGCCCGGAAAAGGGAAUCUUGCGAUGUCCCCUAUACGUGACGGUUGAUGGAAAACUGGAUCAUAUCUACGUCUCUGAUUACGAGACGGGGAUUGUAGGAAUGGAUAUGUUGGGCAAAGUUACCUUCAAGUUUAGCGACACGGAAACGAAAGGUUUCAUGGGAAUCUGCUCGUCCCCCCAAGGAGAAGUGUUCAUCUGUACGCUCCAGCCCAACGGAAUCUCCCGAGUGCAGACGGAGACAAACAGGGUCUACGGAUCCAUAACAACGCUCAACGAGCCGGAACUCGAACCCGUGAUCUCAUUGCCAACGUUCAACAAGGGCGGUCAGCGGCCAAGGUCGAUCGCGUUCAGCCGGAAAUCGCAGAAGAUCCUCGUGUCGUACGUGGGCCAAAGCGUUGAUAUGAUGAACAUCUAUCAUUUCUAAUGUCGUACGUAGGGCAAAGCGUUGAUAUGAUAAACAUCUAUC